AUGAAUCAACUUCACAAAGGUCACCCAGGGAUGGAGUCGACAAAAAGAAGAGCUCGUGAUAUUACUUACUGGCCAGAGAUGAACAAGGACAUUGAAACUUAUGUCUCUCAAUGUGCUGUCUGCAACAGUUAUAAACCUCACCAGCAGAAAGAACCGUUGAAAAUGCACCCAGUACCUGAUCGACCAUGGUCAUAUGUUGCAACUGACUUAUUCAUGUGGAACAGACUCGACUAUUUAGUCACUGUUGAUUCUUAUUCUGGUUGGUAUGAGAUCAAUUCUUUGCCAAAUACUACCUCGAGAACAGUAAUACAAAAGCUGAAAAAUCAUUUUUCAAGAUUUGGCGUCCCAGAUUCGUUAUUUUCAGACAAUGGUUCAGUGUACAGCAGCCAUGAAUUUAAACAAUUUGCAAAAGAAUGGGGAUUCAAACACAUUACCAGCAGUCCUCAUUUUCCCCAAUCUAACUCGUAUAGCGAAAGAGCAGUACAGUCUGAAAAAACUUUACUUGAGAAGUGUAAACGAGAUGGGAGUGAUCCUUACAUUGCACUUUUAAACCAGAGAAAUAUACCAAGAGAUGAUGUUUUGGGAUCUCCUGCUCAACGGCUGUUAGCACGUCGUAUAAAAUCCAACUUGCCAAUAGCAAAAAGUUUGCUUGAACCAAAAGUUGUUCCAACGACACAAGUUCAUGCUCAACUUACUCAUAAACGCAUGCAACAGAAAAAGUAUUUUGAUAAAACAGCCAAGUCUUUACCACCACUUCAGAGAGGAGAUAAAGUGAGAUUACAAACAGACAAGGGCUACAACAUAAUUGGAAUUAUUAAAAAAAAAGCUCCUGAGCCAAGGUCCUACAUAGUUUCUGCAAAUGGAAAAGAUUACAGAAGAAAUCGAAGACAUCUUCUACAUGUACAAGAAAGAUUUGACCCCUCUAUAGUGUACGAUGACCCAGAUUUACCUAUACCAAUGUCAUCUAACACUUCACAGUCAAAUGCCAAUAUCCCUCCUCAACGACCACCUAGUCAUGUUAACCAUUCACAUCAUUACAUAACAAGAAGUGGUCGUGUGUCUAAACCGAACAAUAGAUAUCAUGAUUAUGUUGCAUAGUUAUAAAUGAUUGAUAUUGAAUUAGAGUGAAAUUGCAUAGUCAUGUUUAACUUUCGUUGUUGAAUUUUCAUGUGAUAUAUACAUUGCAAAGCUUUUCAUUUACAAAAGGGGAGAUGUCAAUAUGGUGCAUAUUGUUUAUUUAUACUUAUGACCUACUUAUUCUAUGACAUCACAAUUGACCUCUUUACAUAGUGUUCGUACGCGAUGACGUACUGUUUAUUCAUUGGAGUUAUGGUUGUCACCGAGUAAGCGCCUUGCAUAUUAUGUCUUUGUGUAU